AUGGUUUACGCAUUAGAAGAACGAAUUGAGUUAGUGAAACUUUACUACAAAAAUGAUGAUUGUCUAAGAGCUGCAGCUAGAAUUUUCAAUACAAGGCAUCCAGGGAAAAAUGCAUCUCAUACCUAUGUUCAAACGUUGAUUGAGAAAUUCGAAAGAACUGGGUCUGUGGGAAACCAGAAACAUCAUCCUGAACGUCUGAUAAGGAACGAGGCUGUUGAGAUAGCGGUUUUGGGGCACGUGGCUAUGGAUCCUACUCAAAGUAUUAGAAGCUUGGCUGACGCGUCAGGUGUAGCGCGAUCGAGUAUUCAGAGAAUUCUCAAGUCACAUCGAUUCCAUCCAUACAAACUAAAACUUGUACAUGAACUGAACGAAGACGAUUUUGACAGACGUCAACAGUUUUGUGAGGAAAUGUCUGAGCGUCUGAGAACAAAUCCCAAUUUGCUCUUCAAUAUUUGUUUUUCAGACGAGAGUACAUUUUUUGUUAAUGGAAACGUGAAUCGUCACAAUUGCCGCUACUGGAGCGAUACCAAUCCCAGGUUAAUACGUGAGGUCCACACACAAACUCCGCAGAAGUUGAAUGUUUGGUGUGGUAUUUUUGGCAAAAAUAUUAUUGGACCACUUUUUAUAGAUGAUAAUUUGAAUGGACAAAUGUAUUUACAUCUUCUUGAGAAUGCCAUCGAUCCCAUGAUAACGGAUAUUAUCGAAAACGAUGGAGAUUAUUCGGAAGACAACCUCCAUUUUCAACAAGAUGGAGCACCACCUCACUAUGCAGUGGCGGUUAGAAACUUUCUGGAUGAACGAUAUACCAAUCAUUGGAUAGGGCGACGAGGACCAAUUGAGUGGCCAGCUAGAUCACCGGACCUCAACCCGUUGGAUUAUUUUUUAUGGGGGCAUCUCAAAAGCAAAGUUUUUUCCACUCCGCCAGAGUCACUAGAGGAACUACGUGGUCGAAUUGUAAACGAGUGCGGCAGAAUAACUCCAGAAGUAUUGGCAAACGUUCGUAAUAGUUUCGAAAGUAGACUUUAUCAUUGUAUGGAGGAUUUGUUUUGCGGAGUUGUGGAUGCCGAUAGAGUAGGAGUGGUAACAACUAUAGAGAGAAUCAUAGAACACGUGUUCAUGGAGGCCUUGGCACAUCCGAGUGCAGAUUGCGAAGACGAUGCUGCCAACUGCCCGAUGGUGAAGAACCAGCUGUUGCCAAGUUUGAGGUCGUUUUGCAGUGUAUUGAAAGUUUGUGAAGAAGUGUGUGGUGAGGGAAAUCUGUUUGACGAUGGAAAAUCGAUGAUGUCCGCUUUUGAUGGGGAUGGAAUAAAAGAAAUGGCAAAAUAUCCAGAAAAAAUACCUCCUCUAGAGCAAAGGGUCAAAGGUUGGAUUAAGAGGUUAGACGAAAUUCUGAAGGAAAGCGAACAAAUCCGGAGAGAAAACGAUUCGUCAGGACCUCAAGAUGAACUGGAAUACUGGAAGAAAAGGGGAGCUCAAUUUUCCCAAAUAGUGAAUCAAGUGAAUUCCAGCGAAGUCCAACUGACAAUCCUCUUUCUCAAACUCGCCCAUUCGAAGAUUUUGAAAGAAUGGAGAGACACUGAUAAAAAAAUAACAUAUUGCUACAACGAGGCUAAAGAUAAUGCUAAAUUCAUUCAGUCUUUGGAAACAAAGUGCCAUUCUUUAUACUUGGAUGACCCAAUAACCAAUCAGAUGAUAGAAACUUGCAGAGACUACAUAACAUGUCGGGGUCAAGAAAGCAUAUGGUCUCAAGAAAGGGCAGUAGUUAGAGACAAACUGACACAAUGCAUAAUACUGAAUAAAGUAUACAGAAAGACAUAUUCCGUUGUGAAAAAUCAACCGUUCCUGCCUAGACAACAACCAUUCAAUUUUUCUGAAAACUACGUUUUCGGGAAGUUCGAUGCAUUCUGCAGGAGGCUCAUGAAAAUAAUAUCCAUGUUUGAUUUGAUCGAUGAUUAUAGUGGAUUGUUCCAGAGGAGAAUGGAAGGACUACUUCUUGGAGAUGCAUUAGAAGAAGCCAUCCAGCAGUUCAAUGAGAUAAAGCAAAUAGUAAUGAACAAAUCAUACGAUUAUUUGAACCAGAGAAAUAAUGAAUUCGAGAAAGACUUCAAGACUUUUAUGGUCAACACCGAUCUGCUGAGAGAUAGUAUUGCUGAGACUAUUGAGACGAAUUUCGACAGCGUUUGGGAGACUCCGCAAGGAAUCAGAUUUCUGACGCGAUUCGAAAAAGUGAGUGAAAAGAUUCCCCUUGCAAAAAUGGAUGAGAAGUACGACAGAAUUUUAAAGCACUGCGAGAGAGAAGUGGAUAGAAUCAUAAAGAUGUACAAAAAACAGAAAGAUGAUCCUCCAGUACCAAGAAUGUUUCCGCCCAUAGCAGGAAGAGUCAAAUGGGCACGAUCGUUGGUAUCUCAUCUCGAUGAAUUGUUGUCGAAUGUGACCACUCAUCACAUUUUGAAGAAUCUUCCUGCUACUGUUGAGUUGUCCAGGAAACAUAAGGCUGCUGAAACUAUGUUGAAAGCUUUCGAAACUGAUAUGGUUGCACUAUGGAUGAAUCAACACGUUAAUGAUAUUAAUAGAUGCCUACUGAGGAACUUAUUAGCAGUUUGUCCAGAGAAUCAGAAACUCAAAGUAAAUAUACACAGCACUAUUCCCCUGUUGAUAAGAGAGUCAGAUCUGAUGGUGAAGAUGGAUUUACCAGUGCCAAUGAUAGCAUUGACCUUAUACGCUAAACAGGAUCACUUCAGCAUAGUACAGGAUUCCUUGCAAUUUUUGAUCUACGAAUUGCUGAAAACGGUAAGAAAUGUCAAGCUGGAAGUGAGACCUUUGCUGUUGCCGCAUUUGAUCAAGCUGACAGAGAAAAUAGAGCCAGGACUCACUGAACUCAACUGGGUGUCUACGAAUUGGCAAGAAUUUGUCGAUAAAGGCAAUGAAGCAAUCCAAAAUUUCAAGAUAUUGACCGACAGAGUCCAUGACAUAUACAUGAACCGAAUACUGGAGGUACUCGAAAGCAUGCAAACCAUACAACUUCACGCAUUGCCAGAAAUAGGCGAAGAACCUUGGACUGCGGACUUGUUCUGCAGCAGCAUAGAAACGGUGUGCCGAAACGCAGCUGCAGAGCUGCACAAGAAGAGUCUGAUGGUGGAAGAAGCUGUAGAGGAAAUCCUAUCGUUGGUCAAGCGAGUCCAAAUAGAUCCAGACGGGGUAUCGCAAACAGAAGACAAAGUGUUUGAAGAUGGUGAAUCCAAUAUGGCGAACGGGUUUUGUGAUCAUGUCCUGAAUUUCCGGAAAUUCAUUCCACAAAAUUUGAAAAUUCAAGAUGACAGAUCCAACAUGGUGGAUGAUCCGAACCUGUUCAAAACUGAUGACGAUCGUGAUGCAGGCAUAUCAACGACCUCCUCUCAGCAGCAAUCCGAUUGGUCGUUGGUGUGGGAGUGUUUCGAGAAGCCGCACAUCCUCCUCAGCGGCGGCAUGGCCAGGGCAAUGCGAGAGGUGGUUCGUGGCGCGUUGGCGGAAAUGCGGCGGUACUACAGCAGGAAAGUGGUCGACGUGCUGGUGAGGGUGACCAGAGGUUCGUUGGAGGCAUUACGCAAGCGGAUCGCCAUGGAAUGUGAGUGGACGAAAAGCGAUGAUGUGAUGAUGAAUUAUCUCAAGAAUUAUCAUGAAGAUAAAUCAUGA